AUGCCUACCGGUGCUGUUCUCGUUGCUGGUGGUACUGGCUACAUUGGCUCGUUCACCACCUUGGCCCUGCUCGAGGCCGGUUACAAGGUUGUUGUCGCUGAUAACCUCUACAACUCCUCCGUCGAGGCUCUGUCCCGAAUUGAGUUGAUCUGUGGCAAGAAGCCCCAGUUCUACAAGCUCGAUGUUACCCACGACAAUGCCUUCGACCAGGUCUUCCAGGACCACCCCGACAUUGACAGCGUCAUUCACUUUGCUGCCUUGAAGGCUGUCGGCGAGUCUGGCGAGAAGCCCCUCGACUACUACCACACCAACGUCUACGGCUCCGUCAACCUUCUCCGCGCCAUGGUCAAGUACAAUGUCUACAACAUUGUCUUCUCUAGCUCCGCCACCGUCUACGGCGAUGCCACCCGUUUCCCUAACAUGAUCCCCAUCCCCGAAGAGUGCCCUCUCGGCCCCACCAACCCUUACGGAAACACCAAGCUCUCCGUCGAGUUUGCCAUCGCCGACACCAUCAACGCUCAGCGCAACAAUGCCACCAAGGCCGGAAACGAGGCCGAGGCCAAGAAGUGGAACGGCGCUCUCCUGCGCUACUUCAACCCCGCUGGUGCCCACCCCACAGGUAUCAUGGGUGAGGACCCCCAGGGUGUCCCCUACAACCUGCUGCCCCUCCUGGCCCAGGUUGCCACCGGCAAGCGCGAGAAGCUUGCUGUCUUCGGCGACGACUACGCCUCCCACGACGGCACUGCCAUCCGUGAUUACAUCCACAUCCUCGACUUGGCUGACGGCCACUUGAAGGCCCUCAACUACCUCCGUGAGCACAGCCCCGGUGUUCGCGCUUGGAACUUGGGUACCGGUCGUGGCUCUACCGUUUACGAGAUGAUCCGCGCUUUCUCCACUGCCGUUGGCCGUGACCUUCCUUACGAGGUUACCCCCCGCCGUGAUGGUGAUGUCUUGAACUUGACUGCCAAUGCUAAGCGGGCCGAGACUGAGCUUGGCUGGAAGCCCACCCACACUCUCGAGCAGGCUUGUGAGGACCUGUGGCGCUGGACUGAGAACAACCCUGAGGGAUACCGUCAGCAGCCGCCGGCCGAGCUGUUGGCUCAGCUGAAGAAGUGA